AUGAUCAAAGGAGGAGGAGGAAAAUCUUCAGGUUACUCUGCAGAUUUAAUGGUUUGUUUCCCUUCAAGAACACACUUGUCUUUACCUCCUAAAUCCAUUUGUAGCCCUUCUCAUUCCCUAAACCGCCGUCAAAAUGCUCCUCACCACCGUCGCAGCCUCAGUAAGCUCUCCGGAAGCAGCGGAGGAUUACGUCAGAAUUGCGGUGGUGGUGGAAGGGAGAUAGCAGAUGAACCGACGUCGCCGAAGGUCACGUGUGCCGGUCAGAUCAAAGUCCGGCCGAGCAAACGCGGAGGAGACGGUGGUGGUGGAAGCAAGAAUUGGCAGUCGUUGAUGGCGGAGAUCGAGAAGAUACAUAGAAGCAAGUCGGAGAGUAAGUUCUUUGGGAUCAAGAAAGAUGUCAUGGGGUUCUUGACUUGUCUACGUGAUCUCCGGUUUGAUUUCCGAUGUUUCGGUGCGUUUCCUCCGAACAAUGAAGAGGAAACCGAUGCCGAAACUGCGGUUCCUCCGCCAAACGCGUUGCUGCUGAUGCGGUGCAGAUCUGCGCCGAGCGGAGAAACAGAGAAAGUGAGAAAGAAGAAUGAUUUAAGAUCAUUGAUGGAGGAAGAGAACAUGAAGAAAAAUCUUGUGGUGAUGAAUUACGACACAAACUAUUACAGACUCUCUGCAGAUAUCGCCAAGGAAACUUGGGUUGUUGAUGGAAUUCAAGAUCAUUUGUUUCGAAGUCGAAGCUGGAAGAAAUGA